CAAUCAGACAACAAAAGUACACAUCAUACACAACCUCAACGGAAUCUGCAGAAUACGAAGGUUUUCCGAGCCUGUGCUAUUUAUAAACGCGCAAAUUCAUUCAAUUCAGGCCCAGGCAGCAGUAAUUUCGAAAAAAAAUCCGUCCGGCCUCAACACGCUCUUCGACUUUUCGAUGCAUUCACCUGAAUAAGAAUGAGCGCCCGCCGUGAACAAAACGACUCGGAUGGGUCCUGGACGUGGGUGGACAACGAAGAAAAUAACUUCCGCAAGCGUGCAGAAAGCCGCCGAGCGUCCAGCUAUGAACGCGCGCAUGUUGAAGAAGUGCAAGAUAUUCAUGCACAUGAUGACACUGGCAUUGAUUCCGACAUCAGUAUUUUAACUGAUCCAGAAGAUCAUCCCGAAGCAGCUGAAUAUGCCGAAGAAGGCACCCCACUCGGUUCUAAUGAUUUGGAACAGGCAAAACAGCAUUUCAAGGAUCUGGCGGCUGAAAUGCAAACAGCAGCUGCUGUUAAAGCAGCACUAGAUGUCGCCAAACCUGGCGAGAGUGAAUUGGCAGUUACCGAACGAAGAGUUCGUUCGUAUUUCAGAAGCACAUUGACUUCUGCCGGGUUUAUUAUUGGUGGAUUGAUAAUAGCAACCUAUUGUCAAUGGGGAUGUGAUAAUAAUAUAACAUCACCCGUGCAGGAAUACUAUUCGCGACCAUAUGACGAUCAGGAUAUCGAGUUUAUCCAACCAGAUACAGGAAAAUAUAAUAAAAAGGGUUAUAAGAAUAAGGAUAAUCUUAAGUAUGCGGCGCAAGCGCACAAAAACGCCAAGGAAAAGUAUGAGGAUGACAGACCGGGACAACGCGGUGGUAAACGAAAACAUGAUGAUUAUGAUGAUCACCAUGAGAUUAAACACAAACAACAAAAAGGUGAUUCGAAACAUAAGAAAGAUAAAUACAAAGAUUACGACAGUCAUGAGCACAAAGUACACAAAGAGAAGAAACCCAAACAUAACAAAGGCCACGACGACAGCGAUGAAGACAAAGAAAAUUUUCGACGGGAGAAAAAAGACAAACAUGAGAAAGAAAAGUAUCAAGAGUCGCAUAACAAGAAAAACGAUGUGAAAAAGCAUGAUAAACACGAUAAACACCAAGAGCACGAGGAUUAUUUGCACAAAAAGGAGGCUUAUCUCAAACAAAAAGAAAGUAAAUUGAAACAAAAAGAGUACAAGUUAUAUGCCAAAGAUUCAUCCAACGAAAAACACGCGAAACGUGACGGGAAAGACAAAAAAGAGAAGAAAAAUAAGUUUAAUAAACACAACGACACCGCUUCCGGUGAGUGGUAUGAUAAUAUGCACAAGGGAAGAAAGGAUAAACGCCAGCAGGAUGAGAAGGCUGACUGGAUGUUCGAACGAGCGCAAGGGCGCGAUAAGAAACGCGAUAAAGCGCAUUGGUAUUUCGAUAUGAUGGACGAACGGGAAACGAAUCGAUUCAAGAAAUCGUAAGAUAUUUACAUUUAGAGGUUGAUCUACGAAAACAUUCGUAUUUUAAGUCAUAGUAAUCUCAUAAUAAUCCAAAUUUGUAUGAUUUUUAACCUGAUAUUACAAGUUACCACUAAAAAAAAUCAUAAAAGUUUGGAGUACAAUGAUUUACUAUAAAUGUGUCAAUAAAAAUCAAAAUUAUUUUAUAAAAGUAUUCAUAUCAAGGUCUAUACACACAGAAAUAUAAUAUAGCACACAAAUUGAAUGUUAUAUUUCGAUUUAUUGUUCUAAAUAUAAACAAUACCAUCAGUUUUAUUAAUUUUUCUCAUUAAUUUUAAGUUUUUUUCAAAGUUAUAAUUACUUAAUUUUUUGUUUAACGUUAAUUUUAUGCAACAGAUCUUAAGAAACAGAAGCUGUGUAAUAAGUUUGUGAUAUUUAUAGGAAUCAGUGAUUAUUUUUUGUUUUGUUUUGAGUUACUUUAAGCUAAUACAUAAAAGUAUUCUAUUUUAA